AUGUACUUGGUUCUGAUCAUUUUUCUCUUUAUCUGCCCGAUUAAUGCCAUUAUCCUAAGUCAAGUGUAUCGAUCUUCAAUCUAUCACACCAAUUCUUCUUGUGCUCGUCUUUCAAAUGUCACUUUAGCAGGUAAUGCAUCGAUUCAAUCUUGUAUUUGGGAAUGUGCUCACCAAGAUCAAUGUCGAACAGCUGUUUAUUUUCAUGAAAAUCGCACUUGUUUGUUGUAUAGUGAAGAUUGUCAAUCAGGUAACGUAACGUCAUCUGAAAGUGGUCGAGCGAGUGUUAUUUGCUAUCGAACAAGUCAAGGAUCGAGUACUGAAUGUUCUCCUCGAGACUGGAAAAAUACUGGAAAUAUGAAUGUCGCACGAUAUUGGCAUACAGCAUCGAUAUUAUCAAAUGGAAAAGCCUUAGUCACUGGUGGAUGGACUGGUAGUGUUUCAUUGAAUAGUGCUGAAUUGUAUGAUCCAUCAACUGGUAAUUGGACAACGACUGGAAAUAUGAGUGUUCCACGAGAUACACAUACAGCAUCGAUAUUAUCAAAUGGAAAAGUCUUAGUCACUGGUGGAUCGGAUGGAAGUGUUUCACUGAAUAGUGCUGAAUUGUAUGAUCCAUCAACAGGCAGUUGGACAACAACUGAAAGGAUGAGUGCCGCACGAUAUCGGCAUACAGCAUCGAUAUUAUCAAAUGGAAAAGUCUUAGUCACUGGUGGAUCGGAUGGAAGUGUUUCACUGAAUAGUGCUGAAUUGUACGAUCCAUCAACUGGUAAUUGGACAGCAACUGGAAAUAUGAGUGUUGCACGAUAUCGGCAUACAGCAUCGAUAUUAUCCAAUAAAACAGUAUUAGUUACUGGUGGAUGCUGUCCUGUCAACACCGCUGAAUUAUAUUGA